GCGGGAGCCCGCAGCGGAGGAGCCGGGGCCCAGGUCAGAGGCGAAGCGGCAACCAGAGGCAGGGCUGGGCUCAGAGCCGCUGCCGGCCUCCAAGCACGAGUCAGAGUAGUUCUUCGGUCGAAGACAGGAACCCGAGAUGACCUGGGCUUCGGGGCAGUUGCCAGAGCCCUCUGGGGCGCCCCAUUCACAUCCGGUGUCAGUGAGGGGGGAUUCCUUGCUGCCUGCAUAUCCCUCGGAAAACCGGAUGUCCGAGAGACCCCCUUGCCACACCCACUGUCUGGGGGCGCCCCUCUCCUGCGUCUUCCGAAGGCUGGGAUGCGAAGUGGGCGCGCACCCCUGGAUCUUCCUGCUGGUGCCCAUGGUGCUGAUGGCUGCUCUGGGCACCGGUUUGAUUUACCUGCCCAAGGAUGUAGAAGAAAACUUCGAGGAGCUGUACACCCCAAUAGGGAGCCCGGCCAAGGCCGAGAGGCGCUUUGUGCAGAAACACUUCACCGCCAACGACUCUUACGGCUUCUCCAUCUCCAGGAAGAGCACCGAGGUCAAUUUCUCUUUUAUUCUAGCGGUCUCCAACACGACCUCCCUGCUAGAACCAGCAAUCUUAUCAGAAGUUAGUAAAGUGGAUGACGUGAUCCAGGAUCUGUAUGCGACGGGGGAAAACGGAACCCAGAUCCACUACAAUCAGGUGUGUGCCAAGCACCAGGGUCUCUGCGUGCCUUCCAACCCACUCCUGUAUGCCUGGCAGAUGAACAGGGACCUCGACCUGAGAAAUGUCACGUUCCCAAUCUACACCACCGGUCAGCCCAUCUACCUGGCUGGCACCAUUGGAGGAAUCUUCUUAGGCGAGAGGAUGGGAAUGAACCAGUUACUCCUGGAAGCCAAAGCCGUGAGGUUGCUCUACUACCUGAAAACUGAGGAUCGAGAGGACAUCGAGCGUAGUAAGAAAUGGUUGAUCCAUUUCCUGAACCAAUUUAGCAACAUUGAAAAGCGUCUGGCCUUGAAGAGGAUCCAGGUAUCUGGUGUUGGGGUUAAUGAUAUGUUUAUAAUGAUUUCUGCCUGGUAGAAGACCAGCCUCAUGGAUAAUAUCAAACAGCGGCUGUCCAGUGUCUAUUCCAAAGUGGCAGUGUCCAUUACAAUCACCACUAUCGCCAAUGUCCUGGCCUUCUAUACAGGGAUGAUGACCUCUUUCAGGUCCGUACAAUACUUUUGCAUUUAUACCGGAACAACCCUGUUCUUUUGUUAUUUUUAUAACAUCACCUGUUUUGGAGCGUUUAUGGCCCUGGAUGGUAAAAGAGAAGUAGUCUGUCUACGCUGGUUGAAAAAGCCAGAAACUCCUGACCAAAAGUGUUCCUCAUUUAAAAAGUCCUGCUGUGUCCCAUGUGAUUCUCUCCCAGAUGAACAAGAAACUGAUGUCCAUCCAAUGAAUUUGUUCUUCAGAGACUAUUUUGGCCCUUUUCUCACAAGCACUGAGUCCAAGUUUUUUGUAGUGCUUCUAUACAUUUUGUACAUCAUUAGUAGUAUACAUGGGUGUUUCCAAGUGCAGGAAGCAUUAGACCUUCGAAAUUUGGCAAGUGACGAUUCCUACAUCACACCAUUUUUUAAUGUAGAAGAACAUUUUUCAGAUUAUGGCCCCAGGGUUAUGGUUAUUGUUACUGAAACUCUUGACUACUGGGAUAAAGAUGCUAGGCAAAAACUGGGAAAAUGUCUGGUAGAUUUGGAAAACAGGGACUAUGUAGAAAAAAAUGUUACAGAGUUUUGGUUACAAGAGUAUGUGCAGUAUAUGGAAAAUAGCGGGCAAGAUGUAAAUGAUAAGAAUACUUUUAUAAACAGUUUGCCCAGUUUUUUAACAAAUUUUCCACUUUUUAUGUAUGAUAUUAAUAUUUCAUCUUCACAUGAAAUCAUUGCUUCCUGGGGCUUCAUUCAGACCAUCGGCGUUUCUUCUUCAACCAAUAAGAAGAUGAUGUUAUUCCAGUUACAAAGCAUAGCCAAAAAGUGUGAAAUUCCCCUAAUGGUGUACAACCCGGCAUUCAUAUAUUUUGAUCAGUACACUGCAAUAUUAGAAAACACUGUUCGAAAUGUCAUUGUUGCAUCCUCAACAUGAACAUAGGUUCAUUGUUUCCUUAUUGCUAAUUCCUCACCCACUGUAUUCCUUGUGGGUAACUUUUGCAAUUGCUUCUGUGAUUGUGGGAGUAACAGGGUUCAUGGCAUUCUGGAAUGUCAAUCUUGAUUCCAUAUCCAUGAUUAAUCUUGUCGUUUGUAUAGGGUUUUCUUUCGAUUUUUCUGCACACAUUUCUUACACAUUUGUUUCCAGUUCUAAGCCCUCAGUAAACCAAAAAAUAAUUGAGGCAUUGUAUCUGCUAGGCUACCCAGUGUUACAAAGUGCAGUUUCAACGGUAAUAGGGGUGUGUGUUUUAUCUGCAGCUAAAGCAUACAUCUUCAGGACAUUUUUUAAGAUUAUGUUUCUUGUUAUGGUAUCUGGGGCUGCUCAUGGCCUAAUUUUUAUUCCAGUAUUCUUAACCUUUUUUUGAAGGUUUGUUUGAAUAUCCACUAACAAAUCA